AUGGCGGCGGUUGCAAUGAGAGGUUGUGUUAGAUCGAGUGAUACAGAAUUAACGGAAACAUUCGAAUGUAAAAGUUAUGAAGAGAAAACAGUUAAUGGGAUAAAUAACGGUCACAAAAAUGGUUACCUGAAGACAGCAAAUAUAAAUAAUGGCGUUGUUAAGAUGGGCGGCAAUUACGCGGGCUUGCCACCCAUGGACUGGUCGCAGUACGACACAUUCCCCGGCUCCUUCGAGAAGUGCUCGCUGCUCACCGCCGUCCUCACACACCUCGGCCUCUACGUGCUCAUGUUCCUCGGCUUCGUCAACCAGCUACUCUUCAAACCGAAGGUCGCCACCGAGCGCAACAGGGAGGGCUACGCGCCGCUGUACAACUCGUUCGAGCAGUUCUUCUCGCGGUACGUGUACCGGCGCGUGCGGCACUGCUUCAACCGGCCCAUCUGCUCGGCGCCCGGGGCCGAACUCACGCUCAAGGAGCGCUACACCAACGACUACAACUGGUCCUUCGGUUUCACGGGCACGGAGCGGCGCUGCAUCAAUCUCGGCUCGUACAACUACCUGGGCUUCGCGGAGCCCACGGGCCCCUGCGCGGAGGCGGCCGCUCAGGCGGCGAGGCGCUACGGCCUGGCCAUGGCCUCCUCGCGGGCCGAGCUCGGCUCCUGCCCCGUGCACAAGGAGCUCGAGGAGACCACCGCGCGCUUCCUCGGCGUAGAGGCGGCCAUGGUGUUCGGCAUGGGCUUCGCCACCAACUCGCUGGGCCUGCCGGGCCUGCUGGGCCCCGGCACGCUGGCGCUGAGCGACGAGAACAACCACGCCUCCCUCAUCCUGGGGCUGCGGCUGGCGCGCGCCACCGUGCGCGUGUUCCGGCACAACGACCUGCGCCACCUGGAGCGGCUCGCGCGCGAAGCGAUCGCGGAGCGCCGCUGGCGGAAGAUCGUCAUCGUGGUGGAGGGCGUGUACAGCAUGGAGGGCUCCAUCGUGCCGCUGCAGGGCGUGGUGGCGCUCAAGCGGCGGCUGGGGCUGCAGCUGUACCUGGACGAGGCGCACUCGGUGGGCGCGAUGGGGGCGCACGCGCGCGGCGUCACCGACCACUGCGGCGUCGAGCCCUCCGACGUGGACGUGCUCAUGGGCACCUUCACCAAGAGCUUCGGCGCCGCGGGCGGAUACAUAGCAGGGUCCGCGCGGCUGAUCGCGUGGCUGCGCGCGCACGGGCACGCGCACGCGUACGCGCACGCGCUGUCGCCGCCCGUGGCGACGCAGAUCGCGGCCGCCAUGCGCGCGCUGCGCACGCCGCAGGGGCUGCGCAGGGUGCGCACGCUGCGCGACAACACGCACCACUUCCGCCGGCGGCUGCAACAGAUGGGCGUGGUGACGCUCGGCCACGCCGACUCGCCCGUCGUGCCCAUGCUGGUCUACACCUUCAGCAAGAUGGCCGCCACCGUGGAGCGGCUCACGGCGCGAGGCAUCGCCACCGUCGGCGUCGGCUUCCCCGCCACGCCGCUCUACAAGGCGCGCAUACGGUUUUGCCUCUCGGCGGCGCACAGCCGCGAGCAGCUCGACCGCUGCCUGACCGCCAUCGAGGAGGUGGUGGAGGAGUUGGGGCUGCGCUACUCGCGGCGACGC